AUGUUGGAAGAACGUCGAAAGAAGAUCGAAGAACUACGACGUAAAGCUGAAGAACGAGCAAGAAUUAUACGUAAUCAAUGGGAUCUUCGCUUUCGGCGUGAAUCCGUGGACCAAGACGAGUCAGAAAAGUCAACGGAUCGGAGUGAAAUACGUCUCGUUGGUUGUCCGCCUGUCGGCAUGCAGAAAAACCACUGCGUUGAUAAUAAAGUCCAUGAAUCAGAGGCAGUCACCAAUGUUUUACCAACCCCAUCCAUUAGUAUGGUUCUAAAUAAGCUGAAUGGUCACCCAACAAACCCGAUCACACCAUCAGCAAAUGUGGGUGCAUCUCAGGAUAAUGGGGGUCCGGGGGUCAAUCACUCGGGGACCGAAGAUGAGGACCAAUCGAUGACAAGUUCAAUUACUAUUGAGGAUGACAGUGUUUCCAGUUCUCUGGACGUUUAUUCAUCGAAACGCUGAUCAGUCAAUCAGCGAACACCAUGGCAACAACGUGCAACCGAUGUAUCAUCAUCACCAUCGUUAUCUUCCCAAGCGGUUGAGCAGCAUAAGUCUGUGAGCGCGAUUAGCCGUAAUCCCUCAUCCCAACCGCAACAGCAGCCUUCCAGUUCAAUCGUAACGACUGAACCUGUCAAAUGGGAUAAGAACUGUGUGGAAAUUUUAGCCAAAAAGGCGUUGGAAUCAACUGGGUCCUCCAUGGAGCCUACGUUGACAGAAGACCAACCGGGAUCACCUAGUCGAGGAGUAGAGCUUGGGAACGACGUUAGUCGUUCCAGAUCAGAUGUGGACCCACCUACUUCACGUUCUCAGUGGGUGACUCCGGGUCAAACAAUUGUGCAAAAGUUGAGCGAAGUCCCUAUCACAUCGGGCACAGAGUUUACUCGGAUACGCGCCGGAGGUAUCGCAUUUGAUGCUCUAAUUAAUGGGGAAGAAAGAAUGAUAACAGCUCCACCAAAAAGAGCAUGGCAGGCAUUUGUCCCGUGUGAUUCACAAGAAACCAAAGCAUUUCAACCCAUAUCAGUCGAUCUGGUGACCAACCAAUCGGAUCAGGGGGCUACCAAUUCGUCACCUACACCAGGACCCACUGGUCCGGGCGGUCCAAAUGUCACCUUGCCGUCAGCUUGUAUACCCGAUGAGAGCACUUCUCCUAAGUACUUUGGAUCUUUCGGUUCUCAGACCCGAUGCGAGAGUUCCAAACUGAUUCGUAUGGGGACGUACCGGCUUGAACAGCCCCGCACUACAGGUGCGCCCGAUAUUACCACCACUAGGGGGCUAUUUGAAAAGGUGGAUUUCAUAGAAACCACGAAUCUGAAGAAACCGACUGGGGAGGAAACGCUUAUGGAGAGAAUAACUGAGAUAUCCGACACAUUAAAUCGGGUAUCAUUGGAAAAAAUUGAUCACUCCCUACAGCAUUCGAAGGUCAGUCGAUUCAUACGUCUCCAGUAUCAAGUCAAUUUUUCUUUCCCACCCUGCAAUCCACAUUAG